AACUCCUCCCUUCCCUUCGCCGCCCCAGAGCCGCAAAAUGGUGGACACAAUGAGCCGGAAUUGCCGCCGCUUCCUCCCCGCAGCGUGACUCGAGCACGCCUGAGGGCGCAGCUGGUUCAGUCCUUCGCCCGCUCGGCAUUCUUCUCCCGCCAUUCCCGUUCCGUCCCCCGCAGGCCAGCCCUGCUCCGCUCCGCUCCCGUUCACCUUGGCCGGCGCGCAGGCCCCGCCUGCCCCUUUUCCCCGCGACGGCGGAGGCGGCAUGAAGCUGACGGAUAACGUGCUGCGGAGCUUCCGCGUGGCCAAGGUGUUCCGCGAGAACUCGGACAAGAUCAACUGCUUCGAUUUCAGCCCCAAUGGCGAGACUGUCAUCUCCAGCAGCGACGACGACUCCAUCGUGCUCUACGAUUGCCAGGAAGGAAAACCCAAGAGAACACUAUAUAGUAAAAAAUAUGGAGUUGAUCUCAUCAGAUACACUCAUGCUGCCAACACUGUUGUGUACAGUUCCAAUAAAAUAGAUGAUACAAUCAGAUACCUUUCUCUGCAUGACAAUAAAUACAUUAGAUACUUUCCAGGACAUAGCAAGAGAGUUGUUGCUUUAUCUAUGUCUCCAGUGGAUGAUACCUUUAUAUCUGGCUCACUUGAUAAGACCAUCAGACUUUGGGAUCUUCGGUCACCAAAUUGCCAGGGUCUGAUGCAUCCACAAGGAAAACCUGUAUGCUCAUUUGAUCCAGAGGGGCUGAUUUUUGCAGCUGGGGUCAAUUCCGAAAUGGUGAAACUUUAUGAUCUUCGCUCUUUUGAUAAGGGUCCAUUUACUACCUUUAAGAUGCAAUAUGACCGAACCUGUGAGUGGACUGGUCUGAAGUUCAGCAAUGAUGGAAAACUUGUUCUUAUUUCAACUAAUGGAGGGAUCAUACGACUCAUUGAUGCCUUUAAAGGAGCAGUUCUUCAUACAUUUACGGGAUAUAAUAACAGCAAAGCUGUCACAUUGGAAGCUUCAUUCACCCCUGAUUCUCAGUUUAUAAUGAUUGGAUCAGAGGAUGGGAAGAUUCACGUCUGGAAUGGGGAGACUGGAAUGAAGGUAGCAGUGCUUGAUGGGAAACACACAGGACCCAUUACCUGUUUGCAAUUUAACCCCAAGUUUAUGACGUUUGCCAGUGCAUGCUCCAAUAUGGCCUUUUGGUUACCCACUAUAGAUGACUAGUCUGAAUUCAUCACUUCCAGUGGACCGUUUCCAUACUGUAUUGAAAGCAAUGCAGUAUUUACAAGGACAACAGUGACAGUAUUGGAAUUGUGUCACUUGGAGAUGAAUAUUCCCAUCCAGCACAUCCUGCAUGCAUUUCCUUUUGUCAGACUCUGCUGCAUCUCCUACAAAGGAUUUCUUCAUGUGGCUAUACAGUUCCUAUUUUGAAAAUCUGAAUAUCUCUACCAACGUCCAAUUGAAGCAGAACUAUUACAGCUGAAAUCAACUAGCAGCUUUGCUCUGGAGUAUGUUCUGAAUGAAUUUUGCCACAAUCCCUUGCCUUUCUAACUGGUUUGUGAACUCCUGGGAUUCUGGACUUGGUUAAAAGUAUACUUUCUAGUAUAUUCUAUCCAGUCUGAAGUAUCAGCAGUAUCCAUGCUGUGUACUCUUGUGCUAUAUGAAGAUACAUUUGUGCCAUACACUGGGGGGUGGGGGGUGGGGAGAUCACUGUCAGUUGCUAGGGACAUUGUUAAGGAUGUUUAGCCUUAUACAAAGUGUUCCGAAUCUUUAGGAAAUUUUAUUGAUCCUCUUUGCCAGGGGCAGUGUCUGAAAUACGCAGGUACUUUGAGUGUUUGGGUAGAAUGCCAAGCAAUACAGAAGUCUCAGAUGGACUGGAUGGAAAUGCACUCCCUGUGUCUCUUUCUUCAGAGUAUGUUUGCAGAUUCUAUAAAUACAGGGGAGGGGAGGAGAAGGUGGAAGGGUCGCUGUAUUUUUUUUUUACUAGUAGGUAUUAAAAACGUCGUAAUGUUUGGACCAACACAGUAUUCUGGAAUGAGUGUUAGCGUACUUGACUUUCACAGAGCAUUCCAAGUUUCUAUUACGUUCUUCCAAGUACAGCCUACAUUCCAAGUACAGUCUUCACAAUGCAGGUUGUACAGCUCCUCCCUCUGCCUACACAGGAGAUCUCCACCCAUUCAGCACCGAGAUAUUUGGACAUGGAAGUUAGCCUUUUUCAUCAGUGGGGGUUGGAUGAAGCUGUAUAAUUACCAGCUGAUCUUGUUUUUCUUUCCGCUGUCACUGCAGAAGAAUGAAGGGUCCUGCGUUAAAUUUGUCCAAGUGUCCUUUCCAAGGCAGCAGAGAACUUAAAUUCAUGUUCUUUAACUUCCUAAGACUUUCGGUUCUAUAAUAUUGAUGCUGCAUUUCCUAUGGAUGUUAAUGGUAUUGUAUCAGGUACCAUAAUCUUCUCUGUCAGUACCUAGUAACAAUCCGUCCAUGUAAAAAACUGCAUUUCAAGAAAGCCUAAUUUCAAUGCUUCGUGCUCUAGUUUUCUUAACUUUAAAAUGCUGUCUUUUCCAGCCAUCAGAACAUUCAGCUAAUGUGAUCAGCCUUCUUUACUACAAUUUGGCUUUGCUUAGAAAAGUUCUUAUCCUAUGGAGAUGUUUGCAUUAUUGGUACAUAUUGUACUACCCCCUCCAUCCUCCAUGGAGCUGAGACGCAUGAGCCAGCCUGAGCAAUAUAAUAAGAGAGUUUGUUUUGGUGAACAAAGGAAGGGGGGAGAGAGAUUUACUAGCUGACAUUAGGUUGACUGUUGUGUUCUAUUUUAAACUGGGUUUUGUGUUUAUGCAGAAGAGUUUGUGUUGCACAGGAAAGAAUUUUCCCUGAGCCUGCUAACAUCCAAUAAUACAGAUAACUCCAGCUCAGGGAUUUAUCGUAGACACGCCGAUGUUCUACCUCUUGGCUUGUGCUUUGUGGAUGGUGUUGCAGGCCAAUGGGGGCGAUUUUGGGACACAGGGCAGGAUUAUUGCUAGCAGUGCCCUUGGCGACAGUGCAUUCUAUAAUGCACCAAAUUAUGUGUUCUUUUCCAUGACCAGCUCAUCUAGUAAAAUGUGAAUAUCAUUUAACCAUCUCUGCACCUGUUCCUGAUUUUAGCCUCUUCAGUAACACAAACCAGUAGAAACAUCCUUUUUAAAUCUUGAGUACACUGCCCUUGACCUGGAACUGGUUUUCAUAAAACUGAGUAAAAUUAAUUUCUUACUGGGAGUUAGUUGUGAGAUCAGAUUUUUUUUCCUUUAGAAAUGUUAUCACCUGCAAUGUAUUCUGAUUUCUUACAUUAUACAUUCUAAUAACAUACUGCAUUUUUACAUCUGUAUUUGCAGCUUGAAUAUUUUAUUUUGUAAAUAUUUCCAGUCAAGAAUAAAUUACAGUAUUAGGUAUGAGACAGAAUUGCUGUCCUGUAUAAAA